AUGUUGAAAUUAUUCUCUAUUUUUGUAUCGGUAUAUUGUAUUUCAUGUUUAGGUGAAUUUUUCACUAGCAAUUCCCAAAAGUUCUAACUGAAUUUCAGAUGAUUCACAAUGGGCACAUCAUUUGGAGGGUAAAACUAUCAAGUUAGGAGAUCUAUACUCGAUUUUGAAAGGCCAACAAAAACAGAAUCAAACCUAUUUAUCCGAUUCAAAUCAACAAAAUCUAGUUCUAAUGGAUUCGUCGGAAUCAUGUGACGCUGGAUGGAAACAAUAUUCUGGAAAUGGAUGUUGCUAUCUGGUUUCCGAGGAAAGAGGUCCCUGGGAGACUGGAGAAUCGAGAUGUCAAGCAUUGCAUCCAUAUGGGAGAUUGGCAUCGCUACAUAGUAAAGAGGAAUCGGUCUGGAUUGCUAGUAAGAGUUUUGAGGGAUUCAAGAAACCAUUUGAUUUGAAAUUUCAGAACAGUACUCGACACUUCUCGAUUCAAUUCACGCAUGGACCGCGUUAUCGCAAACUGAAAUCCCUGGAGUUUGGACAAAUACAGAUGGAACCGAAGUUUUUAGAUGGUUUUUCGAUAAUUCGGAUGUUGAAAUGGAUCAUAGUUGUGUUGAGAUUAUUGAUGGACUUCUUGCAAAAAUAUUGAACUUAUUUGCGCAGCAAGGUCAGACAAAUCCAUACAAUUGUUCGGAGAGUAUUCCAGCAUUGUGUAAAUAUUGUCCGGGUGAUACUACCACAUCGACAGUUUUAUCAACCACAACAACAAAAACGACUACACAACCAACAACUACAAAACUUACUACGGUACCUACCACAACCUCUUUAAAACCUACAUCUACAGUUUCAUCAACCACGAGCACAAAACCUACUACAGUACCUUCCACAACCAAAGAAGUCACUACAGUAAAAACGACAAAAAUUACAACUCCUACAACAUUAUCGACAACCUUACUCACAAGCAAGGCUUCUACCGUACCAGCUAUCUCAUCCACAACCAAAGCUACUACAGUAACGACUACAGUACUCACAAGCAAAGUACCUACCGUACCAGCUAUCUCAUCCACAACCAAAGCUACUACAGUACCGACUACCGUACUCACAAGCAAAGUACCUACCGUAUCCACUACAACAUCGAAACAAUCUUACACGUGUGAAUCAAAAUGUGAAACUGGUUGGGUGUUUUUCAAGGACUCUUGCUAUUCGGUAAUUAUUUUACCUCACCAUCAGUUCUCAGGCUCUAAUAUCUGUGUAUUUUCAGCUCGUCGAAUCUGCAACUCCUGUAGAUAUCUCAACUGCGAAGAAAGGUUGCUAUGCGUUUGGAGGAGAGUUGGCGGAUCUCCAAACUUCUGAUGAAACGACUUUUGUCGCAGGUAUUUAUCACCUCUAUGAUUUUCGAAGCAGAAUCUUUACUCUUCAAUUGAUGCCAGCUCUUUAGAUAAUAUUUAUUUGUGAUCUUACUUAAUUCAAUUUAUAGGAUACUUCGGAGGAUUUGAAACAUGGAUCAAUAACGCGGUAACUGAUCCAAAUGCUCAUGAAAUCGCUGGAUCAUCAGCUUCUUAUUGUACAGCAAUCGAUGAAAAUCGAGAGUUACAAACUGUGGUUUGUUCGCAGAAGUUCAGUUUUGCGAUUUGCAAAAAAUCCGCUGACUAA